UUAACUCUGCUUUUGUGCAGUGAUUUUAAUUCCCAUCAUCAUGUGGCUGAGGUGUCUUGGAUUUGCUCUCCUGGUCUGGAUUCCUGCAGUGCUGCAUGCGCACCUGAAUUGCAGCGUUCCCGAUCUGAAAGAUGGAUAUUUCAUACCCACGGAGAAAUCUUAUCCUAAUGGGAAAACAGUCAUUUAUUCCUGCGAUAAAAGACACAAACCAGUGGUGGAGGGCUGGUGGGCAACCAGCACAUGUCAAAACGGUAAAUGGGUUCAUGAACCAAAGUGUAUAGAUGAAACAGCCUGCAUUCUACCAACUAUUCCCAAUGCAAAGCCCAGUCAAGUCCCAAAGGGUUGGUAUAAAGACGGGACUUCAAUGCCAGUGUACUGUAAAGAGGGAUAUGAAACUGAAGGCUCAACGCCUUCAUAUAUUACAUGUAUAAAUGGAAAUUGGACCUCUCUGCCAGUCUGUGGGAAAAGUUCAGGGGGAUGCACUAAGCCACCAAAGUCACCUGAUGCAGUCAUCAUUGAUCAGCAAUAUGAGGAGGUAUUUCCUCAUGGGUCAAGUGUGAGAUAUCAAUGUAGACAGGGAUAUGCUAUGGCUGGAGGAAAGACCGAAGCAUCGAUCUUAUGCACAGCCGGGAAUUGGCAAGCAGGCGAAGUGUGCAAAGCUUCUACUGGCUCCACAUCAAAGGACAAAGAAACUUCACCAUUUACGACAAUUGACAGAUGUGGAGCAUUCCCUGUCGUUAAGGAUGGUGAUUUUAUCCCAGAUGGUCAACGUUCAUUAAAGUUCCAGUGUGCACUUCAUUAUAAAUUAGUUGGUCCAGAGACAGUGGUGUGUUACAGCAACAGGCAAUGGUCUGAGGUUCCCACCUGUAGAGAAAACUACUGCUCUGUGAACACUGAAGAAUAUACCGACUUAGAAAAUAUUGGAGUCAAAUACAUACCAAAUGGUUACACAGAGAAACUGAAUUGUGUGAAUAGGUUUAAUUUUCGUAAUUAUGCUUUGGUGGAGUGUAACGAUGGAAUACCAAAGAUAUCCCGAUGUUGUAACAAAGCCCAGAUAAAUUUGGGUAUCUGCUAGAAUCGGGGUGAGAUGACAAAAUGAAGACAAAUAUCAGUGUGGAGGAUUUUAAGAAGAAUUAUGAUCAUACUGUCACACACUGUGCUGACUUGUCUGUGUUCAAAGCAAAAAAAUAUGAACUUCAAUAAAGUUUUCUGCUGGAAGUUUAA